AUGGAGAGCAAAGGGCCAUCGCCGAUAGGAAAUCAGAACAUCGCCGCGUCUCAAGCAUAUAAUCAGUUUCCUGAAGAACGCACAUAUUUGACGGUUUUGACAUCAACUGGCAGUUGCCAGUCAUCGCUUCCCGCUGCUCCGAUCACGGAAACCAACUUGAAAUACAUGGGAGCCGAUUGUGACAGCCCACCUCAGGGAUGGGCUCCAUCCCAUUACAAUGCAUAUCAGGGUUAUGAUACCAGCGGAUCAUUGGUGUCUAAUACUCAAGAUUUUUCAAGCUAUGGAACAACAUUCAAAGAUCUAGAUGAACCGCAAGGAGCUACGAAUCAGUUUUUCCCGUCUUCCUUUGAUUCCACAAAUUACAUGCCGCCAGUGAUCUACGCGGAUACCAGCAACUCAUCAAUGAGCUUGACAUCAUCAAGCUCAAUCUCGCCCAUAAAUGCUCCGUCUUCAACAUCUUCAGCUCCAAGCAAAGCAGUGAAUUUCUGCAAAGUUUGCGGCGACAAAGCAAGCGGCUACCAUUAUGGUGUAACAUCAUGCGAAGGAUGCAAGGGAUUCUUCCGUCGUAGCAUUCAGAAACGAAUGGAGUAUAAGUGUAAUCGCGACAAAGAUUGCGUCGUGAAGCGCGAAAGCCGAAAUCGCUGUCAGCACUGCCGAUUCAGAAAGUGCAUCGAAGCCGGAAUGUCGAGAGAUUCUGUACGUAAAUCAAAAGGUGGUCGGCGUUCUGUUAAACAAGAUGAGGCUGAAGUCUCCUCAAGCACUUCACCAGAGCCAAAAGCAUCGGAGUAUAUUUCGAUAGUUCAAAAGAUCAGUGAGGCACACAUGCUACAUUGCGGACACACAAUCAUCAAAGUUCGUGGAAUGGUUCCGAAAGUGUUCAAUUUGGGCAUUCGGGACAACAUGUCAUAUCUCGAGAAUCGUUUGAACGCGUGGCAGAAUUACGCACAGGAGAUUAUACCCGACUUUCAAAGUAUAGUGUCGUUUGCGAAAAAUGUUCCGCAAUUCGUUAAUUUGGAAGCUGACGAUCAAGCGAUUCUUUUAAAGAAUUCCUUCUUCGAGGUCUACUUGGUCAGAAUUGCUCGUGGCCUUUCCCAAAAAGGACUUUUAUUGUCGGACGGCAAGCUGAUCGAAUUUUCAGCUCUUCAGCUGCUUUACGGGACACUUGCUGAGAAGAUGCUUAGCUUUUGCAAUCAGCUCAACCAGAUGGCCCUAAGUGAUGAUGUUAUUGGACUUUAUGUGGCGGUUCUACUCACCACUCCUGAUAGCUGCUUAGAGCGCACUUCGGCGUCAUUUGUCUACCGCAUCAACGACCUUAUGAUCGCAACACUUCAUAAACGACUACUUGACAGUGCGAUUAAUGGCGAAGGCCUGCACAUGCGGCUCAUUGAGCUCAGAAAAACACUUCGUGAAAUGAGUGCUUAUCACAACUUUGAAUUGCGUUUUCUUCGUGAGAAUUCACACACCAUCACACUCCCACCACUCUUCAUGGAAAUCUUUCGCAUUGAAAGAAAAGUUCUUCAAUCGCAUAACCAUGCGGUUGCUCCAUACCCACUCCCAGUUCAGCACGCGUACCAUUGUUGA